AAAAGUUUCAGAUUUUGUAAGACCUAUCAAAAAUCAUGUGUCUUCGUCUUAACUGAAAUUCAACCUAGCAAGUUCUCUGCCUUCUGGAAAAAAGAAGAGUCGAGAGAGAGAAAUCCCUGGAUGAAAAUAAUGGGAUGGCGGAAAUUAUGCGGAUUGUUUAAUAUAUCAAAAAAUAGAGCCCUCCUCCCAGCACCCAGGAACUGCAUCGUACGACGGGACUGUUCAAGGCUUGGCCGUUUUCCGGGGGAAGAAAAUAAAGAGAUUUUCUUUUCUUUCUUUCCUUCUUAGACGGGAAAUUUGAAGAUAUACAAGUAAAGAUAAAAAGAGAAAAGGAAGCAUCCCUUUGACCCCUUUGCCCCCGGGUCUCGGCCUCCAUACCAUCUAGCUUCUGCUAAAUUUCAUGACAAAUCCCUAAUUUCAGGUCUUGUUGCUUGUCUGAUUGGUCCUUGGCUCGUUGCAGAGCCUCGUGACUUCUCCGAAAUCUCUUGGUUGGCAUUUCUGGGUUACUCAGACAGCUGGAAAACAGGGGUUUUAAUGGCCUGCCCUGGUGAUACGAAAGAACCUGAAUGGAUAGACAGAAUGAGAUCUGAAGGAGCCAUUCCACUUCCUGAACCAGAUAACUGUAGCAAUGGUUGGGCUACCCCACCUGAAGAUUCAUUCAUGGUUAGAGGUCCUGAGUAUUUUACAACCAGGGUCAAGAUUCCUGCUGAUGAAUAUCUGCUCAAGCCUCUUGGAUUUGAUUGGAUUAAAAGCUCAGUGAAGGUUGGGGAGAUCAUGAGCCAUCCUGAUUGUCGAGUUAGGAAGGUCAUUGAUGAUGAGUUUUCAGUUGGUGAUAGGCCUUUUGUGUGGGCGUUUAAUCUUCAACUCCCAACCAAGGACAACUAUAGUGCUGUGGCAUAUUUUACAACCAAAGAGCCUAUCCCGGCGGGGUCAUUAAUGGACAAGUUCCUGAAAGGUGAUGAUGCAUUCAAAAAUUCAAGGCUUAAGCUGAUUGCUAACAUUGUGAAAGGUCCAUGGAUUGUUAGAAAAGCAAUUGGAGAACAGGCUAUAUGCAUAAUUGGGCGUGCCCUUACCUGUAAAUACUGUAUGGGAGAAAAUUUCUUAGAAGUAGAUAUUGAUAUUGGGUCUUCCAUGGUGGCAAGUGCGCUAGUUCAUUUGGCAUUUGGUUAUAUUUCAUCUCUGACUGUUGAUUUGGCUUUUCUUAUUGAGAGCCAAGCAGAAUAUGAGCUUCCAGAAAAACUUUUGGGUGCUUUCAGAUUUUCUGACCUGGAUCCUGCUUCUGCUAGAACAUUUGAGCCCUCAUCUUUGAUGAAUGUGAAUAAUUUACAAUCAUCUCUACCAACAAGAUUGUGGAAGUCUAUCGGGCAAGGCUUUACUCAUAUUCUCAAUCCGGGUUCUCAAGAAGGUGCCUCUACCCCUGGCUCAUAACAUGCUAAACUGUAGGAAAUCACGGGGACAAUAAGACUGGCCUCAAGUAACGAUUUGUUGGAUGAAGAAGAAUGAAGUUUCAUUUGAGUUGGUUGCUCUUGAAAUUUUUGUGUGGUGGCCUUUAGAGUAUUCGUCCGGUGAAUCUGUUCCCACCUACUGGGGAGCUUUAUAUGGCCGCAGAGUUUGAAUUUCGAGCUGGAUAUCAUGCAUAUAUCAGUUAUUAUAGCAAUUUCUACGUAUGUAUAUGACUAUCUAAACCGUGACUUUGCCCCCUUUAUUUGGCCGUAGAAAUUCAAGGUGUCUCAUUCUUUUAGUAGAAUGAGUGAUAUUGUUAAUUUACUUUAUUUUUUAAAAAAAUGGAAACAGAGUUAAUUUUCUUUAA